AAACAUUUUUUCAGAUUAAAAAUAUUCAACAAAGUCAACUUUAUUCAGUUUUGAAGAACUCUCAACAUUUUCACACACACACAAAGUUCAAAACUUUACCUCAGAAUUGCAUUACACUCUCAAAUGGGUAACAAAAUCGGAAAGCUCUGCCUCUGUUCCGCCGGCGACGGCGCCGGAGACAUCUUCGGCAGGUGGCAAAACAGAUAUACCUUCCUGUCCAAGAAACAAGACAAAGCUAUUUGCAACUCCAUCUGUUAUGUCCGACCAAACCCACCUCGAAUCUCUGGAGAAACAUUCUCCGAAGACGAUGUUGAAACCGUCGUGACUUUCCGGUCAGUCGCCGGAGCCACCGUUAGUGCAAACCCUUCAUCAACACCUUCCAUUUUCCUUGAUGACUCUCUUCAACACAGCACUGUUUUGGAUUCCUCUGCUUCAUUUGAAAGCUUUGGUUCCUUCACUUCCAAAAUGGUUCCUUUGCAACAUCAUCAUCAACAUGAAAAAGGGUUAUCUUGGAAUCCUUUUGAACCUGUUUUGAAUGGUGAUUCUGAUUCUAUUAAAAAAGGUUCAGAAAGGGUUAUCUCUCAUAAUGGAUUUAGAAAAAAGCCUUCUAAGAUCAGCUUGAAGAAAAUUCUGAGAAGAGCUUUUUCCUAUGCAGUAUCUCUUGGAAAAAGAUCAAUUCUUAAGAAAAAUAAUAAUGGCAAUGCAAACGCAAAUGCAAAUGCAAAUGCAAAUGCUAAUGCAAAUGCAAGAGUAAGUUGUAGUACUAGUUUGAGUGAUGAAUUAAAUGAAAAAAAUAAAUAUUUGGAUGAUGAUGAUGAUGGAUCAUGUGGAUGUGAUUUGUUAAUGGUGUGUGAGAAUUUUCAUUGGGCUCAAGGGAGAGGUGGUGAGGAUCGUGUACAUAUUGUGAUAUGUGAGGAUCAUGGAUGGGUUUAUGUAGGAAUUUAUGAUGGAUUCAACGGUCCUGAUGCAACUGAUUAUCUUCUGAACAAUAUGUUUUGUGUUGUACACGAUCAACUCAAAGGGUUUCUUUGUAGUCAAAAUUUCUCAGAUGAUGAUGUGUUGGAAGGUCUUUCAAAAGCAAUGAGGAAAACUGAGGAUGCAUUUUUGAAGAUAGGUGAUGAGAUGAUUAGUCACAAUCCUGUUUUGGCUAUGAUGGGUUCAUGUGUUUUGGUAAUGUUGAUGAAAGGUGAAGAUGUUUAUUUCAUGAAUGUUGGAGAUAGUCGUGCUGUUUUAGCUACUCACAUUGGGAAUCCAAUUCAGCUUACAAUGGAUCAUAGUACUCAUGUCAAAGAGGAGGUUUCUAGAAUUAGACAAGAGCACCCUGACGACCCUUGUGCAGUAACUAAAGGCAGGGUGAAAGGUUACUUGAAUGUCACUAGGGCUUUUGGCGCAGGGUUCCUUAAACAGCCUAAACAAAAUGAUGCAAUGUUAGAGACUUUCAAAGUUAGUUACAUAGGGGAAUCACCAUAUAUCACAUGCUCGCCUUCACUACACCACCAAAGGCUGAGCUCAAAUGACAAAUUUCUUAUACUUUCUUCUGAUGGACUUUACCAAUACUUCACCAAUGAAGAAGCAGUUGCCAAAGUAGAGUCAUUCAUCACCAUGUUUCCUGAUAAAAAUCCUGCUCAACUUCUCAUUGAAGAAGCACUAAGUCAAGCAGCCAAAAAAGCCGGCAUUGAGUUCCAUGAGUUGCUUGAUAUACCACAAGGGGAAAGACGUUUAUACCAUGAUGACAUUUCCAUUGUCAUAAUAUCCUUGGAGGGAAAAGUAUGGCGUUCAUUAAUGUAAAAUGUAAAUAUUGAUGUGAUAAUAUAACAACAACUAAUCACAUUA